GCUACAAUUAUGAUUUAUAUUAAAUUACUUACCUUGACUGUUUUCUUUCCUCAUUUUCAUCACCAUAUUAUUUUGUAACAUGCAUUUAACUACAAUUUUCUAGCUCUAUACAUAAGCUUAAGUGAUUUAAAAGAGAUAUGAAUGGAAAUUCAAAAUAGCUGGAAAAUCCAAUAACGCAAGAGUUGGAGUGAAGAGGUUGCAUACAUAAGCUAUGUAAGGAAGUAUAUUCAACCACAGUUAUCUCGCAAACCCGCAGAACAAUUGAAUGUUGAGAUGAUGAAAGGAGGAAACAUUUCAUGGACUAAAAAAGAAGGUUGGAGUGGGAGAUGUUGUAUAAGCCUAAGUGGCCACAUGGCCACUACCUAUCAUGCAAUAUUUGGCUGGGAUUUGCUGAUAUUACUUUCUUCAAUGUCAAAAGGGCGAUUGAUAUGGAUCUAAUCAUGAGAAGAGUAUCAAGACAGAGACAUGAUGGAGAGAAUGCAGAUUGGUCCUCAAUGCGUAUGACUGAGUUUUUUUUGGAAGAAAUGAGGAAAAUUAGCUCCAUGAAAGUUCAUCUGCAUAAUUGCUCAGUAAAACCGCAAAACAAUGUGGAUAUGCAUGAAAAAGGAUUGUCUGCACAAUUACUAGAAUGGAGGAGGGGAGGUAAAGGCGGAGUUGCAGUCAUGAUGUCCUUGAGCUAAUAUACAACCAUUAGUUCCUGAUCCAUUAUUUUAUUCUCAUGGCUACCUGUAUAUGUCAGGGCCCAAUGCCCUUUUGUGUGUGUUUAUUUUCUUUUUUUUUUCCUUUUGGUAUUUCACCAUUUCAGUUUUGGGUAUUGUGUUUGUUAUCUUGUGCAAGCGCUGCCGGUGGCUUCCACUUGAAUUCGGUGCUGAAAAUUGAUGUUCAUCAGUUCAGAUUUCUGAACACCUUGUUUCUGAGAAAACAGAAUUUCAAAUGAUUCGAAAUGACAUUGCAUUUUGUUUUUCUUA